AAAACAGAUAAGUACUGCCCACUCUAAAAAUAGUAACAAAGGUUGCUUAUAAUGAACCACGGUCACACAGAUGCUAGGUGGUGUUAGUCUGUGGUGUUAAAACACCACUUUCCAUUUCAUGGGCUUCCCUGGUGGCUCAGAUGGUAAAGCAUCUGCCUGGAAUGCGGGAGACCCAGGUUUGACCCCUGGGUUGGGAAGAUCCCCUGGAGAAGGAAAUGGCAACCCACUCCAGUACUCUUACCUGGAAAAUUCCGUGGACUGAGGAGCCCGGUAGGCUACAGUCCAUGGGGUCGCUAAGAGUCGGACACGACUGAGCAACUUCACUUUCCGUUUCAUAGCUAUGACUCUCCUUUCUGAUGAGUAAAUUAAACUGUUGAAGUGAGGACCAUGAGAAUUUCUUAUCUUUUGAUCUACUUUGCACAUCGAAUACCCUCUAAUGUUGAUGCUAGAAUAUUAGUGAUUCCUAAUGAAAAGCAGCACAUUGUACAUUACCAUAUACCUGUACCAGCCUGGUUUGUACCAUCUCAAGUCAAAUUGCUAUGGCCUAGAUUUUACUGGGUUCUGUCAAGGGCCAUUUUCAAUAGGCUUUUUGGCAGCCCAGGCAACUCUAUUAAGACCUAAGUGAAAGAAUAAAUAAAUAUGUUAGAUUUUUUAAAUCAGCACCAACAUAAAGUAUCCAUUAAUUAUACUGAAGGGGAUAAAAUAUUUUAAGGGCUGUGAUAAAGUGGAAAGUAACUUGUAGAUCCAGAAUUCAACUGAGAACAGACAUUAGUAGUAUAAUGUUUAUACAGAUUUUUUUUUUAAAGCAAAAACAAUCAUCUGUAAAUAGCAAAGUUGGGUGAGAGUGGUAGUUUGGAAAGUUAAAAUUGACUUCUUAUUAAAUGAAACACCCUACAUGUAUCCCUACUUCAAGGGAAAGAAAUCCAACAUCGCUUUGCUUGGGGAUAUAUUAAUAAUUUUGGAAUAAAACGAUUAUGAUUAAUGAAAAAUUAUUAUGCUAAAUUUAUUAGUCAGAACAUAAACUCCAGCUUUUGAUUACUAGGCUCUUAGAAGAAUAUUAAAAAGCAAAAUCUGGAGAGUUCCCAAAGAGAAAUGGUAAGAAUCACUAGAAGUCUUAAAAAACUCAUUUAAGAAAAGCCAUGAGAAUUGUUUUCAUUGAAACUAUCUUCAAGAAAAGAAAAGGUGUUGAGAAAAUAUUAUUGUUUGGUGUUUUCUUUUUUAAAAAUAUUCAUUUAUUUAGGCAACACCACAUGGCUUGUGGAAUUUCCCAACCCUGGAAUCGAACCAGGGUCUCCUGCAUUGCAGGCAGAUUCUUUACCAGCUGAGCUAUGAGGCAAGUGUGAUUGGUUGACUACACAGAUAUUAAAUACACAGCAAAAGAAUACACAGAUAUUAAAACUGGCUAGUGAGAGAAGUGGUCUUUAUUGAUAGAGACAUCCAGAGAGAAACAGCCUUGUGUUGAGUGUGGCAGGCCAUCAGGAGGCAAGGCUUCCUGGGGUUUUAUAGCUACCUCCACAUUCUAUGUAUGAUUACAAUUUGCCACCAGAUACUCUGAGUCCUUAUCAUGGUGCUAUUGUUGAGUCCCAGUUACUGAGAUUUGAACUCUGACAUCUCAAACUUUGUUUCUGCCUACAUAGUUGUCAGAAGUUAGGGGUGAUAGAAAGGCUUUCUGGUUUCUGAGGGGACACUCCCAGGGAACUUUAUCUCAACUGUAAGAAUCAAAAAUACUCGUCCUCUAGUCCAGUUUAAAGCCCACUUGUUUUCAUGUGUUUCCUUCAUUGUUUGCUUGUUUUUAAUGCUAAAAUUUCUCUGAACCCUCCUCUUCCUCCUCAUAGCAGCAUCUGCCCCUACUUGCUGCAUCUUUUCUCAAUCCCAGUGGAUCACCAUGGUUCUUGUGGCUGAUAAAGAACUCUUCAAGGGAGCGCAUUGUAGAUGUGGAGGAGAGGCUAGUCAUUGUGGAUACCCAGAUGCAUUUCUUCUCUCUUUCCUUUUGAAGGAGGCAGCAAGAGGUUUCUUUGUGAGAAAAUGCUCCAACUGAAGCCUGGGAUGCAUCAGCCCUCAGAGAAGAAGGGACCUUCUGAGAGGAGAGUGAAUGAGCAGAAGACUCAGCCUGAGAAAGUCGGAUUCUCCUCUGUGUCCCACAGCGAGAAAUAUUCCUUGAUCCAGGAUCAGGCUCGAGAGUUGACCCACCUGCGGGAAAAGAUAAGGAUUGGGAGGGCUGUCUCUUCCCUUCUCAUCCAACAUGUUCAGAACACAGUGAAGAUCUUUGAAGAGCUCCUCAGCAGUAGGAAGAUUGACUAUAACACGGAACAGCAUUUCCGUGAGCAGCUGGCCAAGGGCAGCCAGCUGGCAGAGAGCCUCGCCAGCAAGUUCAACACAGAUGACUGUGUAAAUAAGAAGAAUCAAAGAGAACAGAUGCUGCAGAGACUCAGUAUCUUAAGGGAGAGGCUAAAGAGGGAUAAGAAGACAGAAGUCCUGCAGACCCAACAGGAUGCCCAGCCGCAGACUUGGCCCCAGACCUGCUCCAGCAGCCAUGCCCCGUCCACCGCCCGUUACUCCCCUAGCAGCACCUACCUGCUGCUCAAUGAACAGAAAGUGCGCCCUGCAGUGGACAUGGCCAAUGUCAGCCCAGCCACGCCUGCUGAUUCAGCUUCAUUGCCCAGCAACCACUCAGAAGCUGUAUCUGCUCAGCCCUUCUAUCCUUUGGGUGGCACCACAGAGCAGAGUGGGACACCAGACACUGGGCAUCAUGGCAGCAGUCACCCAUGCGAAGAGAUGAAGCCUCAGAAGAUGAAUGCAUCCGGGAACCUAUCCUCCUCCUCCUCUUUGGACCGGCCCAGCUCCAAGCCCUCUGGGGCCGACCUGCUGGAAAAGAAUCUUAUUGAGAUCCAAAACCUGCGCCAGCGCCUGGAGGAAUCUGUAUUCAUCAAUGACCGUCUGCGGGAGAGGCUGGAAUACGUGCUCAGCAAUGCUGGCCAAGGAAAAGGUACUGCACAGUCAGCUUCAGAUGUGUCCCUCACCACCCCUUAUUUAUACACUGAGAGUCACUCUUCUGGCUCUGGUAAGGACAUCUUGUGACCCAACACCGGAAGGGUCUAGAGGAGUGUUUUCCAGAUUCUCCAGUCCUAUCCAACAGCACUUGUGGGUGUAAACUUGGAGGCAUCAGACAUUACCUUUAAAUGAAUGGAUCAGAUUAAUAAAUUAUUAUUUAAAAAUUA